AUGGCGCUGUCCGUCGUGUACGCUCCUAACGAUAUAUCGACGCCAGCUGCUGUUGACAUCGUGGCCGUCCAUGGCCUCGGUGGUGACGCCAUCGACACCUGGACGCACCCGAAAUCGAAAGCAUUCUGGCUGAAAGACUUCCUCCCACCGCUCAUCCCCGAUGCUCGCAUCAUGACCUUCGGUUACAACGCCGCCGCCGCAUUUGGACAGUCAACCGCGGAGGUGAUUGACCAUGCGAAAAGCCUGCUGAGUAGUUUGGUGGAUAAGAGAGAGGAGCCCAAGGAGGUUCAGCGCCCCCUGAUCUUUAUCGCACACUCGCUCGGUGGCAUCGUGGUGAAACAAGCUCUGCUCCAAGCACGGCUGGAGCCGCUAUACGAGUCGAUCAAGGUGGCGACGCUGGGUCUCAUUUUCCUGGGCACGCCGCAUCGGGGUAGCGACAAGGCGACGUAUGGUAAAGUACUGGCGAACGUCGCGCAGUUUAUGAGCCAUCGGCCCCCCGCGCGCCUAUUGACGGCCCUCCAAACGAACUCCGACGUCUUGCUGCGGUUGACGAGCGAUUUCAAGUUUCAGCUGCCCGACUAUCAGGUUUACAGCUUUUAUGAGCAGCGACCGAUGAAAGGUCUUUCGAGUCUAAUCGUGGAAAAGUACUCCGCUUUACUUGAAGUGGCCCACGAAGAACAGAUCCCGGUGGACGCCGACCACAGUGCGAUGUGCAAGUUCGACACGGAGGAUGAUCCCACCUUCGACAAGGUGUACAAGAGGAUGAAGAGAAUGAGGAAGGAUCCACAGACUGCCACAAAUGAUAAUCCGGUAUUCAAAAAUAUAUACUUUGACGUCCCUCAUCUGUUGAGCCCGGCCUUUACUGGACGUGAUGAAGAUCUUCGGUACCUUACCGUAUCGUUCGCCGCGAGAUCACCUUCACAGACUGGUUCUCAACGGCGGUUUGUGUUCUUUGGGCUGGGAGGAUCGGGUAAGACCCAGAUCUGUCUCAAAUACAUUCAAGAUCAGCGGGAGAGAUACUGGGGCAUAUUCUGGGUGGACGCUAGUACCGACGAAAACAUCCAACGGUCCUUCACCCAGUUCGCCCGUAUGCUCCAGGUAGACGAGGAUAUCGACAGCGUCAAAAGGAAACUGGCUAAUAUCGCGGAAGCCUGGCUCCUCGUGUUCGAUAACGCCGACGAUCCCAAUCUCAGUCUUGCCCCCUACCUCCCGGCGGGAAACCGAGGCGACAUCAUCAUCACCAGUCGCAAUCCUCAAUAUCAACACUACAAUACAGUCGGAUAUCGGGAAGUGGGUCAAUUACCGCUACCUGAUUCCAUCUCGCUCCUCGACAAGACCAUCUAUGGAACGGGAAACCCGCCGGAGGGAGCUACGGAGACGAGCAAGAAGAUUGUCGAAACCCUAGGCCGUCUCGCGCUCGCUAUUGUCCAGGCCGGCGCUUAUAUCCGCGAGACCGCAUGUUCACAUUGCGAGUAUCUUGAAAUUUACCAUCGUCGCCGAAACGAUCUCCUUCUGCGUCACCCGACCCACACUGGGACGGACUACCAGUACAGUGUGUACGCGACAUGGCAAGUAUCGGUCGACAUGAUCGCGUCGAGGCACGGCCGGGUGGGUGAUCAUACCCUACGGUUGUUGGAUCUUCUCGGGUUCUACCACUAUGAUCAAAUUCCCAUGCAGAUGUUUUAUCACGCCGGAGAUCAAUCGCGGACGGGGCGGGUCCCCGAAGGCGUGCCGUGGCGCGACACGAUUUCGGACUUCUCUGACUAUCGACAAGCGGUGCGAGCAUCCGUGACCUUACUGGCAUCGUUUUCGUUGAUCACGCGGAACGCAGACGCGUCUAUAUCCCUCCAUCUUCUCGUUCACGAGUGGUGUCGGGAUCGCCAGUCGGACGAGAAGCGACAGGUCAACUACCGAAUGGCCCUAUCGCUAUUAGCUCGGUCCGUAAAGUGGGAAUUUGCCAGCGAUGACUACACGUUUCGACGGUCGUUGGUGUCGCACGUGCAGGAGCUCCUUCGGGUGCCGGAUGCGGAGGACGCGUUGAGUGAGGAGGAAAAGAUGGAGGACUGGCCCGUGCUGGGUCUUAUUCUGUCAGAGAAUGGAUGGAUGAAAGAUGCUCUACCCCUCAUGGAGGAGGUGGUGGCACUGCGGAAGAGCGUUCUCGGGGCGGAUCAUCCCGAUACGUUGAAGUCGAUGGGCAAUCUAGCGAAUCGGUACAGCGAGGCCGGACGACGAGUCGAGGCACUAUCGUUGACGGAGGAGGUGGUGGUACUACACAAGAGUAAGCUCGGGGCGGAUCAUCCUGACACGUUGAAGUCGAUGGGUAAUCUAGCGAAUCGGUACGGCGGGGCUGGACGACGAGUCGAGGCACUGUCGUUGACGGAGGAGGUAGUGGCACUGCGGAAGAGUAAGCUCGGGGCAGAUCAUCCUGACACGUUGUCGUCCGAAAGGCUUCUUACUUACCUUUAUCAAAAAAGCAUGUAG